GAGCUCUCGGUGGGACGUUGGCUUUCCAGGCAGUAAUGGCAGCUGUGCAGGGAAUCCGGCAAGGACAACGGACAUAGAUCAGGGUGGGAGCGUUGGCGCCUCGAACCGAAUUGCUGCCACAACCUCGAUCAGUCUCAUCAGACAGUUGAGGCGGCGAGUACUUGCGAGUACGCUCGUUCAUUUAUUUCGUCAGACAGAUGUUACAGACUGGGAUGGAGGAUGUUGGUGCUGGCAGAUGAUCGAGGAUCCGCUAACCCUUGGUACUUACACAGAUGUGCAAGGUUAGCCGUGAUUACCAAAAGUAUGACCUCUGACAAGGCUCCUGUUGUACCGAUUGCGGGACAAAGGCGGACUGCCACGACCAUGAACAAUAGCCAUCACUGGAUGAGCACUAUGAAUGCCUUGCGAGCGCCCUCCUCCAAGUCGUCCAUGAUGCGUUUCGGAACGCCCAUGCUUAUCGGCUCUUUAGGCAAAGUGCUGCUUGAUCACGGCUCCAUCUCUCAAUUUCGCCAACGUGGUCUCGUAUACAUCCGGUCACGCAGCAAGCAGGAUUCGCGUGACUCAUGUAGUCUCUGCACUAGCCCACACGUUCUAUCACACCCAGCAUCGCUCAAGCGCAGUACUCCUACCGUAAGAACGGAGCACGGGAGAUUCACCGAACCUUUUUAGGCUGUAAGAAAGCGAUCGUGCCUAUUUGAAGAGAUCGGAAGUUUAGAGCUGAGCUGGCUAUGUUGGCAUCGAGAGGGAGGCAAUCGAUCCGCGACGCAUAACGUAGCAAGGCGCGCGGGCCACGGCCGACAGAAUGUAAGCAUAGAACGCUCAAACAUUUUGAACGACCUCAGGCGGCCUGAAAAGUACUUGAAGAUGGUCAUAGCUUGAUAUGACUUUCUGCUGGCCAG